AGCAAAUGCCCGUGGUAUAAACACAUUUCAGAAACCAGUUUUACUGUGGACGCAUUUUGCUAUGGCGUUAUUCCUGGAUGCACAGCGUAUUUUUUAACCCAUUUUCACUCCGAUCACUAUGGCGGACUAAAGAAAUCCUUCAACAGCGGACCAAUUUACUGUUCACAUAUUACUGCAAAUCUUGUUGCCCAGCAACUUGGUGUUGAUCGAUCAAUGUUGCAUACGAUCCCUUUGAACACACGGACAGAGAUUCAAGGAAUUCAAGUAACGUUUAUUGAUGCGAAUCACUGUCCUGGGUCAGUCAUAAUUUUGUUUGAGAUCCCAUCAGUUGAUGCAAUGCAAAACAAUCGCAAUGUUCUUCAUACUGGCGAUUUUCGUGUGCAUUCGUCUCAUUUUACACAUCCAUCAUUUCUUUCCAAACCUUUGAUCAGGCUUGAUGAGAUUUAUCUUGACACGACUUAUUGUAACCCAAAAUACAUAUUUCCAUUACAGGAUGCGGUUAUUGCAUCCAUAUUGCGACCACCGCUUUGCAAAAUACUCGUGGUUGUUGGGACAUACACCAUUGGCAAGGAAAAAGUGUUUCUCGCCAUGUCCAAGGCUAUAUCUAGCAAGAUUUAUGCUGAUGCGACUAAACGACGAGUACUGGCUUGUUUAGAGGAUCCUGAUCUUGACAGACUGGUUGUUUCUCAACCAGAGGAAGCCAAUGUUCAUCUAUGCACCAUGAUGCAGCUUAACAAAACGAGCUUAGAAGGAAUGCUGGAUAAAUAUAAAGGUAGGUUUACUAGCAUUAUUGCUGUUCGUCCAACGGGCUGGACUUUUCAAAAACUCAAAUCGCCAUCGCAAUUUUCUAUUGCAUCUCUUAAACCACGAUGGUUGUCGCCCAACAUCACGCUUAUUCCAUUACCCUAUUCUGAGCACUCUUCGUUUGAGGAAUUAAAGUGCUUUGUACAAAAAAUGAAUGUCGACAAGGUCAUUCCAACUGUAGGAAUGGGAAGCGCAACCACUCGACACGCUACCUACCAAUGGAUUGAACAAUGG